UAUUUAAUAUGAACUUCCAUGAAGGAUUGUAAAACAUAACAAGGAGAUGAAGUCUGUAGAGUUCCAAGGUCGAGAAGGAGGAUGUGAUCCUCAACUGACUCUUGUAGAUAAUGCAAAAGAUGUCAGGCAUGGACUAGCUAUUGGCAUGUUUAAUUCGGGAGAAUGUGAUCAUUCCUACAUUCUCAAGGUCGCUCUCCCAGGCGUUCGUCGUCGUGACAUCAGCAAGCUGGCCAUCGAGAUUAGCAAAACAGGUAAAGUCGUAAUUAAAGGAUGUAUGAAGGAAGCAUCUAUACCGCUGGGAGUGAAAGCGCAGAAUCUUCCAUCAGUUGGAUCAUUCUCUCUGACAUAUUUCUUGCCGGGUGAGGUUGAUCCGAGGCUAUUCUCUCCCAGUUUUGGAAACGAUGGGAUUCUGAACAUUGAGGUUAAGAAAGCUUUGAAGGAGAAAGAGAACCAGUCUAAUAAUAACUGAUCAAAGGUUCUUGAUCUUCAGUGUGUGUUUAAUUAGUUAAAUGGUGUUUUUUCCAUCUGAGAAAACAAAAUUUCCUGUUUUAAACAAUUGGUAUGUUUGUUUGUUGUAAUUUUCUUGAUGACUGACUUUUUGUUGUUUGUAUU